AUGCAAAGAUGGACUGUGGACGCUGCUUCGCUGGUGUCCCUUGCGCUUGUUGUUGCCGCAACUGCUGCUCUGCCUCCUGCUGUUGCAAUCAGUUUGGCAUGCUGUGAAUUGGCCUUCGCUGCGUCCGCGGCUGUUCGUUUCAGCGUCCAUAGCUCGCCCAUCGACGCAUCAACUUCCAAAACCUUUACCACAAACCCCCGCAAGCGGCGCGCUUCAUCUCUGGGCCUGACAAUCUUUGGUCGCCUUAUUAAGCAACAGUCGGAUGCCGCCUCCCUGUCCGGUGAUAAAAGCGUCUCCCCCAAGUUCGCUGGUUGGCUAUGGGAGACUACGCCCUCCAGCUGCUCGCACGCGGAACAAGUGGCUGAUAAACUGUUUGACGAAAAGGAGGGUCACCUAGAUUUGCUUCAGGGUGGUCAUCUCCUGGCCCAGUGGUUCAGCGGCUUAGCGGGGCCCCACCAGCUACAUAUCAGCCACGUCACCCAACUGCUGUCGUACUUGCUACUGCCGCAACAGGCCCAGGCGGUAUCUGAAGCUGCAGCCCUCGGACUCGUACAUGGCUCGUCCGGCGAUACUGACGCCGCCGCUGACGCCGCCGCCGCAGGCGCCGUUGACGCGGCUGCUGACGCCAAGCUUCUGGCCUGUACGGCAGACCCUCUGGUCGCCAGCUACCGCCCGCUGGUGUUCUACCUGCUAACCGAAGCUGUAGCUGCUGCGACUCACAUCGCCCUCCUUGUAAUGGGUUUUCGUGCUACAGCCACCCCGGGCGGCACCGCCACCGUCUACACGUGGAGCCCUCCAACCGCGGGCACUACUGCUACAGCCGCCCGCACAGCAACGGACAUCAAGAAGGGCGGUGACGGUGACGGUGGCGAUGACGACGAUGCGCCGCUCCUGUUCCUUCACGGCAUCGGGCUGGGCCUUACGCCGUACCUGCGGUUGCUGAGGAGGCUGUUGGCUGCAUCAGGUGGCCGACGGCACGUGUAUGCCGUACAGACAAAGCACGUGUCCAUGCGGCUGACCUCCACCAUCCCCGCACCGCACGAGGUGGCUGCUGACGUGGCGGCCUUCCUGGCCGGCAGGGGUGUCGCCCGGGUAUCCCUGCUGGCUCACUCGUACGGCACCCUGAUCGCCUCCGCCCUCACGAAGCUGGCCGCCGCAACUUCCACCGCCCCACGGGUCACUCGCCUCACCUUGGUGGACCCCGUAUGCUUUGCCAUGUUUCUGCCGCAUCUGGUUCGCAACGCCAUCUAUCAGCAGCCCCUAAACAACCAGCACCAGCAGCCGGUUAGCACGCCGCCGCUGCCGCCUCAGCAGCCCCAGCAGCCCCACCAAGCCCAGCAGCCCCAGGGCGCCAAGCGGUGCCCCCUGCUGCGAAACCUCAUCAAGGGUCUCGUGGUGGCUGAGUUCCACUGCUCUGUGGCCCUCCGGCGCCGUCUGGACUGGGCCCGCGUGAACCUAUGGCCCUCAGAACUGCCCCCCCGAUCCACCGUGGUGCUGAGUGGCCGGGAUAACUUGGUGCCGGUGCGGGAGGUUCGGAGGAUACUGGCCAACCGCGCCGCACUGCUAGGUACCUCCUGCACCCACCCCAAUGUGGUGUUCCGGGAGGACCUGGGACACGGCGGUUUCCUCACUGACGAGCCCUGCCAGGAGCAAGUCAUUGCGGCGGCGCUGGGAAUCGAACCGGUGCGGGUCAGGGAGGCCAUCAAGACCUCCACCACCAUCAACAACAACAUCCAGCCGCAGCCGCAGCUGCAGCUACUGCCACUGAAUUUUCAGCUGCCAGGCAGUGGCCGAAUCCACCGCCGGUUCCUUCUCCCAGAUGGCGCGGCUAGUGAUGGCCACACCACCGCCCUCACACCAGCGCCAGCACCAGCACCAGAGCGCCGACUGCCGUCAUCCGUUAUGUCGUUAGCGGACGGGUACACGCUAGCGGCGGUGUUUGGGCGACCUAGGAACGACGACGAAGUGCACGGCGCGGACUGGCUCCCUUCAUCACUUCCCCAUGCGCAGCGACUGAGACUGAGACCCGUUCAUCUUACUGAAAACUCUGCGACCGCCACUGCUGCCGCCAUCAUCACAGCCACGAAGAAGCGGUUCACCGCAACGACCAUCAUCUCAUCCCGUAAGAACCCCGCAACAGCGCUACUGCCGCCCGGCCAUCUGCUGUUUACGCGGGCGCCAGGUCCCCUUACGUUGCUGCCGCUGCCGGCUAAAGCCUUCCCGCCUGCUGGGCCCGCUAGCCAGAUCCCCUUGCAGUCCCUGGCGGCGGCGUCCACGGUGCUUCUUCUGGGCGCUCUCAGUGCCGUGGGAGUGCCCUUGCAAGUGAAGUACCCAGGCGGUGGCAACGUCAGUGGUGGCGGUUCCGCGCCGUCGCGUUACGUUGAUGACGACCGGCGCCGCCGCCUCGUGUUGAUUGUUGUGGGGCUGGGUGCCAUCUCCGAUGUGCUAGAUGGGCCCCGGAGGGAGCAGUACAUCAGACAGCAAGAAGCCCUGGCGGCUGCUGCAGCGGUGCCGCCGCUGAUACCGAUGCAGCAGUGGCCGUUGCGGAACGGGAGGCGGCGGAGAGCUCCCGGCGGCGGCGGCAGUAGCGGCAGUAGCGGCAGUAUCAAUGGCGUGUUUCUACGGGGUUAUACAGCUGCCUACCGGCCCACACGAGCCGUUGUUGCGAACAUGCCGGUCUUCAAGGCGCCGCUGCCUGCAGUACGUACUGUACGGCAGCUGCGUGUGAGCGCCGCCACUGGCGGUCCUGCUGCCGGUCGCAUGUGGUUGUGGCCGUAA